AUGAAAACACUCAUUUUUCUCGUUGUCGUGGGAACAUACAGCACAGCAGCAGAGCGACACACUAUGACAUACAUUGAGACUGCAGCCACUGGUUGGAAUGAAUCUCCUGAGUUAACUGAAGUCAUAUUUGUAAAUGGUCAGGAGUUUGUGCAUUAUAAGAGCAGCUUGAAGAAGAUGGUACCCAAGACUGAGUGGAUUGAGAAAACUGUAGAUCCUGAAUAUUGGGAAAGAGAGAGACAGAGAAACAUACACAAUGAGCAAGCGAUCAAAGCACACGUCGUCUGGCUAAUGGAGCGUUUGAAUCAGACUAGCGGUGUUCACAUUUUGCAGUGGAUGUACGGCUGUGAGUGGAACGAAGACACAGAAGAGGUGACUGGAUUUGAGAUACUUGGUUAUGAUGGGAGAGAUUAUGUUGCAUUUGACCUGAAGACAGAGACAUAUAUUGCUUCAGCACCUCAGGCUGUUAUAACCAAACAUAACUGGGACAGAGACAAAACUCGCAUAUUAUACAAGAAGUACUUCCUCACACAGGAGUGUGUUGACAAACUGAAGAACUUUGUGAACUCUGGGAGGAAAUCUCUGAUGAAAACAGUUCCUCCCUCAGUGUCUCUCCUCCAGAAGACGCCCUCCUCUCCCAUCAGCUGCCACGCUACGGGAUUUUUUCCUAACGUAGCUGAGAUGUUCUGGAGGAAAGAUGGAGAGGAGCUUCAUGAGGGUGUGCACAAAGGAGAGAUCCUCCCCAACAAUGAUGAGACCUUCCAGAUGAGUGUUGAUCUGAAACUUUCAUCAGUCAAACCUGAAGACUGGGAGAGGCACGAAUGUGUGUUUCAGUUCAGUAGCGUCAACAAGGAGAUCGUCACCAAACUGGACAAAACAAAAAUCAAGACCAAUACAGGUCCUUCAGGGUUUCAUGUUGGUGGUGUUAUCGGAGGUCUUGCGGUUCUUCUCCUGGCCGUCUGUAUCGGAAUCUAUUUCAAGUUACGAGGAAAUGGGUUUAAUCGUGCAAACACUUCUGAUACUGUGACUUGAAGAUUCAGACUCAAAAGUAAUUAAAUCCUAAUGAGAGCAGUAAAGAGUAGACAACCAUCUCUGAACUGAGGAAGGACCAAAGGGUGCAGCUGUGAUUGCAGCCCUGACUCUCUGUGAAUGGUACUCGUGACUACAGAUCAAAGGUCAUGACUUUAAUACCAAUCAUAAAACUGACCUCGUGGCCCAUUGCUAGUCAGUGGUGCUAAUUCCAGUCAUUAUGCAAAUGUUCUGGUUAUAAGUUUACAAGUCCCUUGAAUGAGCGACGAAACGUUUCUCCCACUGAAAGCGCUUCGUCCAGAUGAACAGAAUCAGUCAUUUUGUGUUUUUCACUCAGAAAUUGCAACAUUCACAGAUGUAGAUCCCAAAUUAUUUAAACACAAGGACAUUUUUGGGACAUUUGUCUAUGAUGAGAAGCUGGUUCCUUUUUUCUUUUUAUGCUUCUUUUCUCAUUUUGUUUUGGAUCUGUUAUAAUUUAUAAACUUUAUAAUGUUAAGAGUUUCUUUUCAAGAACGUUCUCCUUCAAAUUAAUUUAUUUGACACAUUUUGUUAAGCUCUGUGAUUACAGACAUCAUAGAGCUGGGAUUAUUAAUGAACUCCUUGCACAAUGUAUGAUAUUCAGAACUUGUACAGAUUUUAUAUAUAAAAUCAUUCGU